AUGAAGAGAGGUCAAGAGAUCCUUGUUGGUGUGGGAGACUCGAGCUUCUGCCAAAUUCCGUGCCCUUGGGCGUCUUGGAGUCGCCAGACAGCAGAUGCGAACAGCAAGAGCCACCCCAGCCGCAACGAAGAUGUCCGUCGGGUUCAAACCAAGAUAUCGCAGAUUGCGUGCGGCGCGACCACCUGUCUUGCUGCCGUGAACAACAACAACAACAGCAACAACAGCAGCGCGAUUGAUCACGCACGUCCGUCUUUCCUUCUGGAAUGGGGAACUGGCCUUUACGGCGAAAGAUUGUCCACAGAAACGUCUGUACCACAGCAGGGAGACGAGCGAAACCACGCGUCGUUUUUGAAUCACCCCGCACAGGUGGCGUUGUCGAGCUUGCCGUUGGGGCUCCGCAGCAGCCCUCCGGUGAUUCGAUACAUCGCGUGCGGCGCGCAUUUCGUCGUGGCUUCUCUGGAAAACGGCGGCUGCAUAUCGUGGGGUGGCGGUCGAGAGGGGAGGAGGGCCCUUGGGCGCGGGAGCUGUGGCACUUGUGGCCAGUGUCGUAACGGGUCAACCCCGGCGGCUCCACCGCUAUCCUACCCCAGUAGCAGCAAGCCCGACUGGGUAGCAGAACCGCUGGGUUUGGGAGGUUCGAAGGUGGCCGACUUAGCGGCGGGGGACGAUCAUGUUAUCGCUGUCGGCACGGACGGGAGCGCGUGGGCUUGGGGCCGAGGCGAUUGUGGGCAGCUCGGCUACGGUUCACCUCCUGACGGUGCGGAUUGUGACGGCGGCGGUAGCGCGUGCGUGCCGAUGGCUGUCCAACUACCAUCACCGGCGAGCGGCACUCCUCUAGAUGAAGGUGGUCUUGCAAGCACUUCUUCUGGUGCUGCUGGUGCUGCUACUGGUGUGAAGUCGGGUCACGGUGUGCAUGGAGCGCUUGUCAUACGAGCUGCCUGCGGUCGAGAUCACAGCGCCAUCAUUACAAAUGAUGGCCGGAUCUGGACUUUCGGGAGCGGGCUCCACGGGCAACUGGGCUUGGGAACUGUAGGCGAGACAUCGUCGAUUCCCACCGUGGUAGACGCGUUAAUAGGGGUAGGAACCAUGCGACCGGACGGCUCCUUUACCGGCAUGGAGGCUGUGGCGUGCGGUGCGUGGCACACAGCGGCUCUGUCUACGACGGGAGACGUGUACACCUGGGGAUGGGCACGUUUUGGGGCGUUAGGACCUUCGCCUUUUGUGACCGGUUCCCCCCUCCGGCCGCAACAAGACACCACCGCCUCCGCCACCGGGGAUAGUGCUACAAUCAACGACAGCGGUGCAAGCCCGGCAAGUGGCAAGAGGAAGCUCAAAUCGGCACGCUCUACACCAGCAGAAGAGGAAGGUGAAGUUCGCCCAUAUCCUGGCCUCGUGGACGAGAUGGAUGAUAUUUUGGCGGACGAUGACGACCAGCUCGUGUCCGUCUCUUGCGGCGCGCGGUACACCGUAGCAACGUCGACAAAGGGCAGGGCGUUUGUGUGGGGGCAAGUGGCGCCGCCUUUACAGCACUACGGCGGACGGGGCGGCGGCGGCGGCAGCGGGAAGCAGAAGGGCGGGGAUGGCAGUAGCGUCAGAGGUACCGGCACGGGUGACGGGAAGGGGCGUCGGCUUGGGCCUUUCUCCGCCCCGAGAGAGAUGAAACCCGCGGAGCUUCUUCAGGAUGCUGCACCGCCGAACUCACAGAUGGACGAGGGAGGGGAAGGUCGGUGUUGCUGCGAGGUGGGCUCCGCAAAAGGAUUGCGUGCAGGGGCUGACGACGAAGGGGAUUCGCGUUGGAGGGUGUCGGCGGUUGGGUGUGGGCCGUGGUUCGUUGUAUUCGGACUCCAAGAGGAAGAGCGGCAAGGCUAA